AUGUGUUCCGCUGUCCACGACGAUCGUUUCGGUGACGGCGUCACCAGCCAUCACUGCCCGUCCACCAGCCAACGAACCAACCAACCGACGUCGUCUCGAAUAGCUCCCAGGGCAGCGCUACCGGUAGAGGAAGCCACAACAAUCCGGACACCCCGGCACCGCACCAGCCGCACGGCACACUUCCGACGGAUAGCACACGGGUGGCCGGGUGGUCUGUCGGUGGUGCUUCUACUCUGCCUAGCGCUUAGCGAUCGACUCUGGGUGACGCUGGGGUCUCCGGCCCAGUCAUACCCACCGUCGUCGUCCGCCACAACCCAUCACACACAUCAUCACGCCCAGCAGCAGCAGCAUCACCAUCAAGCGCGGAACCAGGGAGCGGCGGCGUCGGGGGAUGAGCAUCCGCACAACCACCACCAUCACCACUCGGGAUCCUCGGCGCCGGGGUCAUCGCAGUCUAGGUCCAACAACGGCGGCGGGCCCGGUGGCAGCAGCAGCAGCAGCAGUGGCAUCGGGGUGUACAUGAUCCGCUCGCCCGAGUCGACGAUCGCCCCGGCCGACGAUGAGGUGCUGUUCGAGUGCGAACUCAACCUGGUGCCCGAGCGGCUCGAGUGGCGGUUUCGGGCCCAAGGGACGCCCGGUAACCGGAAGGAUUACGUGUACAUCGGCAAAAACCAAUCCGGCUACAACGUCAGCACCGUCGACGGGCGCUUCAAGCUGCGGGUAUCAGUCAGCGAUGGGACGAUCGGAGAGUACCAGUGUGUGGCGUGGUUUGGUGCGUCGGCGAUCGCUUCGAUACCGGCCCGGUUAACUCUCGCCACGAUCGGACCGGUGGCGGACCAAGCGGACAUGAUGUCGGUCGCCACGGGUGGCGGCCGGUAUCCGGAUCCGCGCUCGCCGACGAUGAUGCGGCGCGUGCUGCCGACAAUUCCGCAGCAACACUUCAAGGUGUACCCCGGCAACAGUAUUAUCGUCGAUUGUGGCGAAAUUGUCUCGAACCCGCCGCCAAUCUGGAGCUACUACAAGGACGGCAUCACGAUCUACCCGAACGUGACGCAGCUGCAGCCGGGCCGGCGGCUCAUACUGGCCGCGCUGACGCAGCGGGACUCCGGCACGUACUGGUGCUCGGCCCUUAACUCCAUCACCGGCAACGAGGUGAUCCUGCCGCAGAAAACUACCGUCCAAGUGGACUACGUGGCCCGCUCGGAACCGCGCGCCAUCAGUCGCCCGGUGAACGUGUCCGCCCUGCCGGGCGACACGGCCCUGCUCGAGUGCCCCGGGAUCGGUAACCCCGUCCCGGUGCCGAGCUGGACCCGAGCGAACGGAAUCCCGCUGAAUGCGCGGGCCCGCAUCCAGGACUACGGGCUGCAGCUGUCGAACGUCCACCCGGAGGACGACGGGGUGUACCUGUGCCGGCUGCAGAACGGCAUCGAGCCCGCCCUCACGCACGCGGUCCGGUUGACGGUGCUGGAACCACCGAAGAUCAUCGCGCCGCCCCGGUCGACGCUGACGAACGAGAGUGACAGCCUGGAGCUGGAGUGUGUGGCUCGGGGAUCACCGCGGCCCGAGAUCUACUGGAUGAUCAACGGGGACUACACGAAGUGGGACGCACUGAUCCGAUCGAACGGGUCCCGGAUGGUAAUCCAGUCGGUCGAGAAGCGGCACGCCGGAAUCGUGCAGUGUUUCGCUCGCAACGCGGUCGGCGAGGCGAGCGAGGGUAACCUGCUGCAGGUCAACCCGAAGCAGAUUCCAGGCGGCCUUGGGACGGCCCCGCUCGGGUCCGUCCCGUCCGGGGCGAAGGUGGGCGGAGAGCAUUCGCCGAAGCGGAAGGGAGGAAAAAAACACAAACACCUCGUGAUGAUACCGCCAUCGCGGCCGAACAUCACGCGCCUCUCGGACGAGUCGGUGAUGGUGCGCUGGUCCGUCCCCUCCAGCGACGGGCUGCCGAUCCAGUUCUUCAAGGUGCAGUACCGGAUGCUGGGUGACCCGGCGAAGAACGUCGCACGCACCCAGUGGAUGACGGAGAACGAGGACAUUCCGCCGUACACGCGCUCGUACGAGGUGAACAACCUGAAAUCGGACCACCUGUACCGGUUCCGGAUCGUGGCCGUGUACUCCAACAACGACAACAAGGAAGGGGCCGCCUCGGGCAAGUUCCACCUGCAGCGCGGCUCGCAGCUUGGGCUGACCAAGAGCCAUCUGCUCGCGCCCACGCUGACCCGCAUCGAGCCCGUCUCGCAGCAAGCGGUCGUCCUGCACUGGCAGUUCCCGCUGCACCUGCCGCACCCGAUCGACGGGUUCUACGCGUACUAUCGAGCCGCCACGACGGCCGGCGAGUACUCGAAGGCCACGGUUGACAGCAGCACCGCGCGCCACUUCAAGAUCGACCACCUCGAGCCGGGCACGGCGUACGAGUUCAAACUGCAAUCGUUUACCGCUGCGGCUGCGUCCGAUUUCAGUGCCAUCCUGACGGGCCGCACCCUGAAGCCACCCACACCGCCACCGACCGUGCCGACGGUCAUUGCCGCGUCCGAGGGCGCCGACGGCCGACAGGAAGUGCCGAACUACAUGCUCGUCGUCGCCUGUCUGCUGAUCGUCACCGGUCUGAUCGUGCUGCUGCUGUGCUGUUGCAUUGGCCGGCGGAAGAAACGUGGCCACGGAGCAGAUGAAACCGACGCCAAGGUGCACAUCCCGGUCGAUCAGAACGGGUUCGCGGGCCCGGUCAGCAACGGGGGCGCCCGGGUCCAUCAUAAAACGCGCGCCAACGGCAUGAACGGCCGCAUGAACAUCACGCCCAAUCCGCUGGCCCAGGACGGCGACAAGAAUCGCACCGUGAUGGAGCUGCGCUUUCUGCCCAACACGCUGGUCGAGGCCGACCACGACCGCGGCGCGUCCCUGCCCGGCGGGGCCGGUGGGUGGCGGCGCAAGAAGGCCGCCGCUGCCGCUGCCGCCGCCAGCUCGCCGCAGUCACCACCACCUGAGCCAGCCGAACCGGAAGCGGAACCGGAGCGUACCGAUGGCGGCCCGGCCGUCGAAGCGACCGUCGCCGGCGACGGGCACGGCGAUGACCAUGACAACAACGACGACGACAACGAUGCCACCGCGGCGACGGCGGCGAUGAACAGCUGCGGCGUUCCGAUGGUGCUCGGUCAGCAGCAGCCACAUCCGCCGCCGGAGCACUUGAUGCUGAUGUCGCUGCCGCACCGCCGCACCCUCGAGCGGGGCGUCCGGACGAUGGCGAACGGCGGGACACAGUACGACCAGAAGAUGAUGCUCGAGGCGGAAGGCGGCGGCGGUCCCCCGGCACGCAAUUCCUCCAUCCGCCGGGCACGGCGCGGUUCCGGGUCCGUCCCGGGAAGCCCCCGGAUCGGGCGCGGUCCCAGUUCGGAGCUACUGCACCAGCAACAGGGAGGAGGGAGCGUUACGGUGACCCGGUCCCCGAUGCCGAUGCGAGCCGCCGCCGGUGUGAAGCGGGGCGCGGCCGCCGCCCGGUUGGGCCGGGCCGAGAACAUGUCCUCGGGCAGCCUGAACAGUAUUGAGGUAUGAGAAUGACCUCCCGUCACCGGCCGGCCGCCCUGGCGGUGGCCGGACGAGGACGAACCCUGCGCUCCC